CAACCUUCUUGUUCGCAUUCCCAUGGCAGAUAUGAAUCGUUGCAUUGCCCAAACCUUGCAUGCUUCAUGAAUUCAAGUGAAAGCUUGAACUUCGAAAUAUACUAUCAUAGCCCGACGUCAUACGGCUUUGCAUUCCAAUCAUGACCACUUUAUCGCCCGAUACUAUCAAUCUACCCCUCGCUCCGGCACCAAGGCACCCCCCAGUCUGUUUCCUAUGCAACAGUCCCAGCCAACGGCUGACCACUCGAUAUUCAAACCCCAAUGGCAACGCAGGUCGUCCGUUCCACAAGUGUACAAACUGUCAAAAGUUCCUGGUUUUUGCAGAUGAAAGAGGCAAUUUCCUUGACAACCCCCAAUGUCACUGCGGCGAAUCUAGCAAAGCUCAGAUAGCCGGUCGUAAUAGUAGAAAUCCUGGUGGCUUGCAUUAUGUAUGUAGACUGGGCACAUGUGACUACUAUGCUAUAGAGACGGAUUGAAAUGAUAAACAAAUCAGGCUGUCUAGAGACAUGGUGGACCGAUUUGCGAAUCUCAAGCUCAUCUAGUGGUUAUAUGUAUGUACCAAGUCUGCAUUAUUCCUCGCUUAUUUAACUACUUAGGCUCUUUGUGCUAGUUUAAUAAGAAUCUAUAAAUAGCUAUUAGUGAGAAUCAAGAAGUUUAUUCCU